GCUACCGACAGAGGGCGGUAACACGCGGACAUACUGGAUGUGAACUACUUUAAAUUAAAGAAGAAGAAAAGAAACCAGAAGAAGAACCACCGUGCUCUUCGAAUUAAACAACUACACUGUUACAAAAAACUAUGCUAUAAGAGGUAGCUGUCGGCUGUGUGUUUUUCUGAGCACCAUGACGACUCAGAGAGUGCUGCCGCAAAGCAAAGAGACUCUGCUACAGAACUACAACAAGAGACUCAAAGAUGAUAUCAAAUCUAUUCUAGACAACUUGACAGAAAUUGUCAAAACAGCAAAGAUAGAGGAUGAGACUCAGGUAUCUAGAGCCACCCAAGCAGAGCAGGACCACUAUGAGAUGCACGUCAGAGCUGCCAACAUUGUGCGUGCCGGCGAGUCGCUCAUGAAACUGGUGUCCGAUCUGAAGCAGUUCCUGAUUCUGAAUGACUUUCCCUCCGUGAACGAAGCCAUUAACCUCCAGAACCAGCAGCUCCGCUCACUGCAGGAGGAGUGUGACAAAAAGCUCACGUCGCUGCGUGAUGAGAUUGCCGUCGACCUGUAUGAGCUAGAGGAAGAGUAUUACUCCUCCAGGUACAAGUAGGCUCAUACUUGCCCCCAUCCCACCACCCUGCUGUUGUCCCACCAUGUACUGUCUCACUUUUUACCAUUUACUGCUGAGCUCAAGGAAGCAUUUAGUUCUGUGAUGUGACAACCUUUGUUGUGAUUUCCAAACAGCCAUUCACCGACACAAAUACUCGCCAAGUAUCACUGUGGUCGACCUCAUCUCACGAAGUGCCUUUAUGUUGUUCUUCAUUAGUAGGUGCCUUGACUUUUAUUCUGCUCUAUGACAUCUUUCAUAAUCGGUGGGCUUCAGUCUUAAAGGGGCUUCCCACUAAAUGUCAGCUGUAUCCGUGUAUUCAGCCCUUCAACAAUGAGGAGUCCACAUGUGUAUUUGGGCGUUCAAUGCGGUUUACUGUUGCACUUUGAAAACCAGACGGCUUUGUCGUUGUCAAGGAUGAAUUUCACGAUUCUAAACCAAAAACAUUAGUGCUGAUUUACUGCAGGUUUAUUUCUAAAUGGCAUUCAGACUUUUAGCUUUGUGGUCUGCAGCAUCUAAUGGAUUUGAGAGAUACUUUAAACAAAUAUUACCAAGAACUUGGGAGAGAUUCAUGGUUUAGAGGAAUCUUAAGUAAUGAGGCCUCCUAGUCCUCUUGCAUCAAAAAUGUUUUAAAUGGAAGCAAUGACAAGAGUCCAUUCAAAUCCAUGAAUUUAAAUGACUGCAUUCACUGUUCUAUACAUGGAUAUAAUGUUGGAAAGUUUCUGGGUAUUGCUACACAAAGAUUUGUAAGAAAAGAGAGCAUACAUUUAAAAAAAAAUACAAACUAUAUGAGAACAUAAUUAUUUUUAAACUAAACAUUCUUUUAAGCUUUUUUAUGUGUAAUAUUUAAAUCAUAAAUAUAAUGGUGAUGGUCUCAGUGCUACAUUUUAAGGAUGGAUUGUAUAAUUAGACACUGCUUUUAUUUAUUUAUGGUCAAAUUUAAAGCUACCAACUUUUUCUCAAGUAAAUGUUUCCUUUAAAAGCAAUUAGGAGAUUAUACUUUGUCAAUUCCGUCCGUAGGACCACAAGCUGUCAGUCACACAUGGUGCAGUUGUACAUAUGUACCAGUUUGUGCCAGUUGUUUCAAGAGACCCAAAAUGAUUGAGAAAUAAAGUAGAGACAAAACGCUGUA